CAGCAAGCCGAGAAAAGAGUCCUGAUUUAUCAUUAAGCUUUAUUUAUUCUCAGUGAGAAUCUGAAAGAUGGCAGGUCUUCAUGCUUUCACCUGGCUGUGCACCUUGAUCAUCUGCACCAUGCAGGUUAGCUCCAUGCCUACACCCUGCAGGCUUCAGAGGAGACUAAUAGAAGGGAGCUACAAUUAUCUGGACAAAAUGGGAGACAGAUUGCCUUUGCACUGCCUUGAAGGCACUGUUCCUGUCCCGUUUCCCGAGACAGCUUUCCUGUUUAACACGUCUGAACAGGUCAUUGCCCUGGAAAAGACUAUCUACUUAACUUUGACCCACAUCUCCUCCUUGUUUAAUGAAGAAGGAACUCCUGAACACUGGAAAAACCUUGAGGUCUUUGAGAACAUUAUUGACCGCCAGAUUGAGGAGAACCAAUGUAUCAUGAACAAAGUUCUAGACUCACAGGAAAACUUUCUCCAGCGUGAAAAGGCCCUCAAAGAGUAUUUCGACAAAAUCUCAACCGUUUUGAAAGAAAAGGAUUUCCAGGUUUGUGGUUGGGAAAUCGUCCGAAAGGAGGUGCUCAUCACUCUACAGUUCAUUCUGAAUAAAGACUUGGACGGUGUUCUCAUUUCCACCAAGGGCUGA